UGGGAAACCUGUGGCUGUGCGCGCCCUUCUCUGCAGGGGGAAGGAGAAGGACGGAGGUUGUGUGGGUCCGGCGGCUAACCAGGGCCUCUUCGAGAGGAGGGAUAAGGGGCUGCAGCUGGUAGGCAGUCUGCCUUUAAAGAUCGCAAUGGUCCUGGCUCAGACCUUCGCCAUCUCCCUGCUGAUGUAAGCGCUUAAAAUUGCAUCUCCCAGGUAGGCAGGUCCUCGCUGCCCCGCGAAGCCGCCCCGGCCACCAGCCCCACCGCAACCUGCUGCUCGACUCUGCGUUCCCGUUCAUGGCAAUGCCCCAGAAUUCGACCGGAGAAAAUGGCUUUUGUUUUGCUCAGACACUUGACUUAUCCUGCCCGUCUCUUCCUCCCGGUGAAGCUGGCCGGACCUUCACUGCCCCGAGUGGGCGAGAGCCAUCCGGGACCCCGCUGAGCAACGGCACGGCGUCCUCCGGCGUCCCCAGCCCCUCUGACUCCUGCGCCGAGCCCCUCUGCUCCGCCACCCCGCCAGAGGAGGGGACCCAGUUUGGCCAAGGGAUUAAAUACGUGUCGGCCGAAGGGGAGGAACUGGCGUGCGGCUGGGGGGGGUUCACCCCCGGGUGCUUGCAGCUCUUCAACACGUCCAAGGGCGUCCUGUUCUUCCUCUGCGUGGCCUCCUUCCUGCAAGGCAUGACGGUGAACGGCUUCAUCAACACGGUCAUCACCUCCAUCGAGCGGCGCUUCGACCUCCGCAGCUACCAGAGCGGGCUGAUCGCCAGCUCCUACGACAUCGCGGCCUGCGUCUGCUUGACCUUCGUCAGCUAUUUCGGGGGGAACGGCCACAAACCCCGAUGGCUGGGUUGGGGCGUGCUGGUCAUGGGCUUGGGCUCCCUGCUCUUCGCCUUGCCCCACUUCACCACGGGGCGGUACGAGGCGCGUUCGGCGGCCGAGGUGGGGGUCUGCGGGGGGAACCAGAGCCUGCCCUGCGCCCAGGCUGCCUCCAGCCUCUCCAGCUACAGGUUCGUCUUCAUGCUGGGGCAGUUCCUGCACGGGAUGGGAGCCACGCCGCUCUACACCCUCGGCGUCACCUAUUUAGACGAAAACGUCAAGACUAACUACUCCCCUGUGUACAUUGCUGUUUUCUACACUGCUGCAAUCCUUGGGCCUGCAGCGGGUUAUCUGGUAGGAGGAAUGUUUCUAAAUAUUUAUACUGAAAUUGGCAGAGAGGUCGACAUCGCCCCGGAGAACACGCUGUGGGUGGGGGCAUGGUGGAUCGGCUUCCUCGGGGCCGGAGCAGCCUCCCUCCUCAUCUCCAUCCCCAUCCUGGGGUACCCCCAGCGCCUCCCAGGGUCCCAGCGGUAUAUCGUUAUGAGGGUGUCAGAGGCUCAUCAGCUAAAGGAUGGGAGCCACAAAAAAGCGUCGGAUCCGGACUUUGGGAAAACAGUUAAAGAUCUGCCUCGAUCAGUACUGCUGCUCCUGAAGAACCCCACCUUCAUCUUCCUCUGCUUAGCGGGAGCGACCGAAGCCACCCUCAUUGCUGGGAUGUCCACGUUUGGACCCAAGUUCCUGGAGUCCCAGUUUAGUUUAAGUGCCUCGGAAGCUGCUACCUUUUUUGGUUAUCUGGUUGUGCCAGCCGGAGGGGGAGGCACAUUCCUGGGAGGAUUCCUUGUGAAUAAAUUUAAACUCCGCUGUUCAGGAAUCAUCAAAUUGUGUUUACUUUGCACGGUGUCGAGUCUGCUGGCUAUAUUCAUUUUUUUUAUCCACUGCCCUAACAUGCCGAUGGCAGGAGUAACCCAGAUGUACGAGGGAAGUGCUUUGCCUGGUGGCCACCUAAACCUGACAGCAGCCUGCAACGCCGAGUGCGGCUGCCUGCAGGAGACCUACAGCCCUGUCUGCGGGAGCGAUGACGUUAUGUAUUACUCUCCCUGCCACGCCGGCUGCCAAGGAGUGUCUGAAAACCUCAGGAAUGGCAAGAAGGUCUACCAGGAGUGUAGCUGCAUUGAGAAACCCCUCCUGCCCGGCCCUGGCGACGCAGAGGCAGGGAAAUGCACCUCCUCUUGUGCGAAAAAGCCCCUUCUCCUGUUCUUCAUGUUCGUGGUGAUCCUCUUCACCUUCCUGAGCAGUAUUCCUGCCCUGACCGCCACUCUGCGGUGCGUCUCCGACAGGCAAAGGUCAUUCGCACUUGGGAUCCAGUGGAUUGUAGUACGAACACUAGGAGGCAUCCCUGGCCCCAUCGCCUUCGGGUCCAUGAUCGAUAAAUCCUGCCUGCUCUGGCAGGACCAGUGCGGCGAGCAAGGCUCUUGCUACAUUUACCAGAACUCGGCCAUGAGCCGAUACACCCUCGUCGCUGGACUGGUCUACAAGGUGCUUGGGACAACCUUCUUCAUAGUCGCCUGUUUACUCUACAAACCCCCACCGGAAGAGUCGGCUCCGGGCAGCUCGGAUGCAUCCGAAAAUGGCAACUGUGACGCCCAGGAACACAAGCCCUCACUGCCGGCUGAGGAGGAUAUAUAGUGCCGUACGCGUGGAAGUGACUUUCUCAGUGUCAAAAACACGAUGAGAAGACGUUCUGCAGUCCCUAGGGGCUUUUAAAUUAAUAGUAAUAUUAUCACUUUUUUUUUUUUUUUAGUUCAAGAGAAAUAAUUUAAUUAACCACUGGUGUGCUUGCUGUUUUCUUAACAGCAGAAGCACAUUUUAAAUUGUGCGCUGGUGCCGUAUGCAGUUAUUUAAUUUUAUUUAAAGAAAGGGCUACCGUAGCUUUAUUCUCUGUCUGUGACAAGCAAGGACCACAUUCUCCACUCGUGGAAAUAAGCACCGGUAACUCCAAUGGAGUGCGUGGGGUUUUAGCCGCCAGAGGAUCUGGUCCCUACUAUCUCAAUUGUAAAGCCAACUGUAGCAAAACUUCUGUCGGACGUGGGAAGCCUGCGGAGAGCCCUGCUGCCCUCCAGCCCGCGUGGCAAAGGGGACAACCAGCCCUUAAACUACUGUAUGCAAAGCAGACGGCCCCGCUGUGUCCUCCUCCUUCCCGUGCCACGCAGCAUCGCUCCUUUUGUUCAGGAGCGGGUUAUCUAAUUAUGCAAACUCGCAUCACCGCGCCACGGGAGAUAGGUUUGAGAUGAGAUUUCGCGAGCAAAUUCACCAGUACACUACAGGCAGCCAUCCCCGCGAGCUGCCGAGCACUGCGCCUUCACGGCCUCCUUUCGCUGCAGGGUUUACACCGCCGGGACACUUCCUUUUAUUUUUUUCUUACGUUGUUUAAAGGUGAUGCCUUUUGUGAUGUACUGUGCAAAACUUGAACUUAUUUCUUGCUGUUUGGUGGAUGAGGGGAAGACGCGAGGUACAGAUCUAUGCAACGCUUCUCUUCAGUGGCUCUGUAAAGGCGGGGGGUUUGGGUGGACAGGAAAAGUCAGAAUUAAUUUGAUUUGUCUCCGGACUGCUAGCUGAAGGGAGAGCUCGCCAUAGCGACAGUCUGCCUUGUGGAAAGGGGAUGCUGACUUGUAGCUGGCCUGCUUGCAAGGAGAGAGGGCAGCGUUCCCAAAACGACCGAUGAAUGUGCACUUGUAACAUUGACCAGGACCUUCCUGAAGGUGGGGGGGAGUGGAUUUUGGGUGGGUGUAUGUCUGGCUUCCCUCUCAGCCCAGCCCAGGCGAGGGUAGUGCUCAGUCUGUGUUUGCACAGCCGCCGAUCCGGGUACAGCUCCGGGGCAGGGCUUGGCCGGCCCCUGGAGUCCUACACUGUAGAAACCGCGCUCACGGGGACGGGACCUACAUUGCUGAGCUGCAAAACUGGUGCUUCUUUUGUGCCAGACGCUACUUAGGAUUACUUUGUAGAUGUUUUUUGUAUAUUUGGUGUAUUUAUGCUUCCAUAAGCGGACGCGGGAUGGGCAUUGUUUCCUUCGUUAGCAAAGGACCAACUCCCAGAGCAGAGGCAAAGCCGUUCGGCGGUGCUGGGAGCGUGGUCGAUCUUCAGGUCAAUCUUCAGGUUGAUGGUGGUCAAGAAAGCAGCUUCUUCCACUCGCAGAUCCCCUUCCACCAAAGCCAGGUAGUGACGUUCCCACUUCCAAAGCCCUUGUUUUCCCAGCCACUGUUGAGUGCUGGGAGAGACUCAAGCAUCUCCAGUAACUGCUGGAAAAACUAGAAGUGCUGAGGGUGAGAUGGAGGAUGGCUUUUGGCUGCUUGAACAUGGGCAGCUGGUGCAGCUUCGCUUGGGCACAGCACGCAGGGGAGCCCUGUUUUCCCAAGGAGGCAGGAUUAGACCCACGGAUGCAGGAGUUAACCCCGUCACCACCCAAACCAAAGGUUUCUGCACAACCUCCACCUGGGUUUGGAGCCACCUGCAGACAUGAGCCUGUCUCCAAGCCUUGCCCAGCGCUUGCCCUUCCCACCUUACAGACACUUGGGGUGCAAGCAGGGAUCUUAGAAGGGGGGAAAAUGCAUGAAUGUAUUUUGGGAACAUAUUUUAUGUAUGAUGUAUUUAUGAAAGGUAGAAGUUUUUCUUAAUAUAUAUAUAUAUAUGGAUAUUGCGAUGCAAUUCUAGCGUUUAUAAAAUGAGCUUUAUCUGAGUGAGCAAAAGAAAAGUUCAUGGAUUCUGGGCAUUUUUUGUGUUGGUGUGGGGCUCGUAAGUCACGGAUUGAAGUAAGCAGCAGCAAGGCAUUCCUGUUCCAUAAACAGGUUAUGUAGGUGUACCGGCAACUUAAAAGAUUUGAAAGUAUGUUUCUCAGUCCCAUAUGAAGUAUUAUAUUGCUAUAAAAGCUUAGAAAUAUAAUCAGUAUUUCACAGGUACUUGUGUGCGUGUUUUUCAUCAGUCGUCCCCCUUUCCCAGUGGCUGUCCC